GCGCACCGUUUUGUACAGUCCGUGGAGCUGUUUUAGGUAUGAUUAUAUAUAACACAACAACGUGGCAGUUUGGUUUGAGCAGCUUGAAGUAUCAUUCAUGGAUUUUGCAAAGGACGGUCGAUUAUUCAUUGAAAUAUUAUUGAUGUGAAGAUUCUAAAUAAUGGAUUAUCAAUCAAGUUAUCUAGAUUUAUUGAAUAAUUUGAGUGGCAUUUCAUAAUUAUUUAUUUUUCACACGACAAUAAAAGUGACAAUAGGUUAAGUAGGUGUCAACAAUGAUCGUGCUAGAAAUUAAACAGUUUGUGUACUAAUUUGAAUAGUUGAUCAAUGUCAAUUACCAGUGAUUUUUGAAUUAAUUUCAUCUUUCUGUUAUUGAUAAUUAUUUUUUGUUCAUACAUAUUCUAAAGUGCUCCAAAUUAUCACCUGACAGGUUUUAUAUAAAGUAUUACUAAAAUGAAGAGAAAAAAUGAAAAAUCAGAGAUCGAAAAUGGACAAUCUGAACAGAACGGUGUUGAACAUUCUGACAUUCGUGGAGAUGAGGCUAAUAUAGCACUCUUGCUUUUUUUAUACUUGUUGCAAGGCAUUCCUCUAGGAUUAUCCAGUGCCAUUCCCAUGUUACUUCAAAAUCGACAUGUUUCAUAUAAACAACAAGCAGAAUUCAGUUUUGUCCAAUGGCCGUUCUCAUUAAAAUUAUUAUGGGCACCUAUAGUAGAUGCAAUUUUUUCUAGAAAAUUUGGACGUCGUAAGACUUGGUUAAUUCCUACUCAAUAUGCCAUGGGGUUGUUUAUGCUCACUCUGUCAAGGCAUGUGAAUCAAUGGUUAGAUGAUAGCGAAAAUGGUCCCAAUAUUGGACUCCUUACUAUUUUAUUUUUCACACUAAAUGUCCUAGCUGCAACUCAGGAUAUUGCUGUUGAUGGGUGGGCGCUUACCAUGUUGAAAAGGCAAAAUGUUGGAUAUGCGUCUACGUGCAAUAGUGUAGGACAAACUGCAGGAUAUUUUCUAGGAUAUGUAUUAUUCAUUGCUUUAGAAUCACCAACACUUUGCAACAGUUAUUUGAGAUCUGAACCUUCUUCAGAAGGAAUCGUAACAUUAGCAGGAUUUUUAUAUUUUUGGGGAUGGAUAUUUAUUGGAGCAACAACUCUCGUUGCUUUGUUUAAACGCGAGAUUGAUGAAAAGCACGCUGAAAGCCAGGACUUCUUUACUGAAGUGAAACACGCGUAUCAGCUACUUUGGCGAAUGAUGAAAUUACCUUCCAUAAAAAUAACAGCUAUCAUCUUACUCACGGCAAAGAUUGGUUUUUCUGCUUGUGAUGCCGUUUCUGGUUUAAAGCUUAUAGAUGCGGGAGUACCUAAAGAAAAACUUACUUUAAUGGCCGUACCGUUGAUACCAUUACAAAUUUUCCUGCCUUUUAUUAUUGCUAGAUAUACUUCAGGUCCGCGGCCUAUGGAUAUUUAUCUAGCAGCAUUUCCGUAUAAACUUAUUUUUGGAUUGUGUGCUGCAUUUUUAGUCUGGAUUACUCCUUCCUUUGCCGUAAAUGGCGAAGUAUCCAUGUACUAUGCAGCUUUUCUCAUUAUUUUAUAUACAAUACAUCAGGUUGCUGCCACAAGUAUGUUUGUAGCAUCAAUGGCAUUCUUUGCUAAAAUUAGCGAUCCAGCUGUUGGUGGUACUUAUAUGACAUUUUUAAAUACUUUAUCAAACCUUGGUGGAAAUUGGCCAGCAACAGCAACCCUUUGGUUCGUAGAACCUUUAACAUGGAGACAAUGUACCAGUGAUGCUGCUAAUGAUUGUAGUACUUCCAUAGAAAGUCAGCAAUGUAUUGAGUCUGGAGGUAUUUGCCAUACUAUACUUGAUGGUUAUUAUAUUGAAAGUAUUUUGUGUGUGAUUAUAGGAUUUUUAUGGCUUCGAUGGGGCGAAAAGAAAAUUAAUUUCUUACAAUUAAGACCAAUGUCAUCUUGGCAAGUUGUUCCUCAUAAAAGCUAACACUGAUUUCAUUAAGUUGUUCUUAGUUUAUUAAUUUGAAUUGACUAAUUAAGAAAUUAACAAAUUUGAAAACCAGUGGUCUGCUUUAUAUCAUUUAAAAAAAUUCAAUUGUAAAAAUUUUAAUUCUUAUGAAUGAAUGUAUUCAAUUCUGGUCAAUUAAUUUAUAAUAUAUUAAAUAUUCAUUGAUUUUUGAUAAAAUAGUUGCCGACAAUAUUCAUUUAGCACAAUAUUUAUUAUA